UCCAUUCCCUCUCAUUUGUAUCUCCGUCAGCCCAAAAACCUCUCUAAAGUCCUUUGAAAAAGGAGUGGAAAUGCCUGGUUUUGCUUCUUAGUUAAUUCUUAGCAGCUUCAGACAACAAAAAAAGAAGCUUCUGAGCAGCUUCUUAACGCCCCGCCAACAAUAAACAAUGGUUUCUUCUUUUUAUUAAACAUGCCUUCUCUGGUAAUCCUUCUGAUCCAGCGAUGGCUUCAAGUGAUUCACGUGUUCAAGCAGCCCAGCAAGCUAUUAAGUCAAUCGGCCUUGGAUUUGACCUUACCAAAGACAUAUCUUUCAACAACUGCAAGUUGGGUUCCAGUUUGAUAGUGAUCAAUGAAGAACAGAGCCAUAAUCUGGAGAUUCCGUGUGGGGUUUCAAUUCCAAACGUCCCUAUCUCUAUCAAGUGUGUUAGAGGAGAAUGUCUAAGAAUCCAGUCCGAUGUUCUCUCCCCGCGGCAGAUGAAGGAGCACUUCAACCAGGAAUUGAGCCUGGGAGGCACUGCUCCGGUGCCUGGGAAUUUCCUUGCCUCGUUUGGGCUAUCUGAUCGCUGGAUUGAGGAUUAUGGCGGCAUUAAAUCUCUUGCUUAUGAUGGGUGGUUCCUCAAAAGCUAUACUAUUGAACUAGAUAAUAAAAAUCGAGCAGAACUUGAGGAUCGUGUCAAAGAAGCUGUUCCAUCAACAUGGGACCCUGAUGCUUUGGCUAGGUUCAUAGAGGAGUUUGGAACUCAUGUUGUAGUUGGGGUGAGUAUGGGAGGAAAGGAUGUGUUAUAUUUGAGGCAAUCAUAUUCAUCGAACCUCCAACCUCCUGAGCUCCAAAAGCUUUUGAAGGAUAAAGCUGACAUGAGGUUUAUGGAUUCUGCAGAAAAUAGCUGCCUGACUUCUGAAGAUAUACGUUACAAUGAAGAGAAUGUGAUUAUUAGAAGCAGUAGGAAGGGUGGAAGCACUGAAAAACUGAAUCAUAAGGAGUGGCUUCGUACUGUGGAUUCAGGGCCCGAUGUCAUCUCCAUGUUGCUUGUUCCAUUGAUUUACCUCGUGCCAUCCAGUGUUAGAUCAGUUGGAUUUCUGAACCAUGCCAUGAAUCUAUAUCUUCGAUAUCAACCUCCAAUCAAAGGGCUCUCUCAGUUUUUAGGGUUUCAACUUCCAAAAGCCUGGGCUCCUUUGAUAGCCGACAUGGGUCUUGGAUCUAAUGGGAAGCACCAACUCAACACCUGGCUAAGCUUCAGUUUCUUUGGUCAUAAGCUUUACAUAGACACAUUUCCAGUCGAUGUGGGUAACAGACCCGUAGUAGGACUAAGGCUACAGUUGGAAGGCAGAAGAAGCAACCGCUUGGCAAUUCACUUGCAGCAUCUGGCUUCUCUACCAAAGUCCUUCCCACUUUCAGACAAUGAAAAUGCUUAUUUGUCAUGUAACUCUUAUAACUGCACAUUCCAUCAAAAGGUUUGGUGGAAUAGCCUUGCAUGUGUCUGCACUGCACCUGUAGAGUCAAAUGAUCCUCUCUCCAUAGUCACUGGGGCUCAGUUACAAGUUGAGAACAAGUGCCUCUUUCUACGCCUGCGCUUCUCCAAAAUACUCGGAUCUACUUUGCAGAGUGAACCAGAAUGGGAGCCCAAUCUCAGUAAGUUGAGCCACAAGUCAUUAGGAUUCUGUGGAUUAUUAUUCACUAGAGAGAAACGAAAGGGUCAUCCAAAGCCAGGCGAUGUGACUGUUUCGUCUGCCCUGUAUCCAACAGGGCCCCCAAUGCCGGUGUACCCACCGAAGCAUCUGAGGUUUGUUGACACGACGGAGAGGGUGAGAGGACCAGAAAAUUCACCGGGGUAUUGGGUUGUGUCUGGAGCCAGGCUUGCGGUGCACUAUGGGAAGAUAUAUCUGAUGGUCAAGUAUUCCCUCUUAAGCCUUGUUGGGCAGAGUAAUUAAUCUGAAGCAUUUUGUAAAUUGAUGUCAAAAACAUGUUGGAAGGAGAUGAUCAUUUGCCGUGGCAAAUGCUAUUUUAGACAUAGCAUUUGUAAAUUUAUGAAGAACUUGCAGAACUCUAGAGUUGAAUUGUAAAUUAUGAUUGGUUUUUUAUAUUGGUAAGAAAUAACAUCAGUCUCUCAAUAUUUAUUUUGCAA